GGGGCCUGUGGGCGAGGGCGGGGCCUCGGCGGCGGACGGACCGGAGUGGAUGAGCUGCGUGCGGAAGGGUUCCCGUGUCUGUGCAGGCCCCACACGCAGGUGCACACCCGGCUCGGGAGGGACGGGCAGUGUGGACACACACCGCUGGCCGCAGUGUUCCCGGACUCAGACGCGCUGACCCCGGACUGAGCCGCACUUGGGCACAUAGCCGCCCCGGACGUACGCGCACCCCAGCUCUGGCCCGCCUGCAGCCUAGGACCCCCGGCCUCGUCAUGGACCCCGAGUGCGCCCAGCUGCUCCCGGCUCUCUGUGCGGCCCUGGCAGACCCCAGGCAGCCCGUGGCAGAUGACACCUGCUUGGAGAAGUUGCUGGACUGGUUUAAAACCCUAACCGAAGCAGGGUCCAGCCUGCAGCUGCUGCAGGACAGCCCCUGCCUGGUGGAGCUGCUGCUGCAGGUGCCGAAGGCCCCGGGCCUGAGUCCCCGCGUCCUCGCCUUCUCGCUCCGCCUGGCGGGCCUGCUCGCCGCCCAGGAGGACUGCUUCCAGUUCCUGCAGCAGGGGGAGUUGCUGCCUGGGCUCUUCGGGGAGGCGGGCCCCCUCGGCGGAGCGGCCUGGACGGCGCCCACUGUGCGCAGCGGCUGGAUCCAGGGCCUGCGCUCGCUGGCCCAGCACCCCAGCGCCCUGCACUUCCUGGCCCACCUCGGUGCCCUGGACGCCGUGGUCUCCCUGCAGGGAGACUCCAGCCUGUUCGUGGCCUCGGCGGCCGGGCAGCUCCUGGCGCACCUCCUGGGCCUGUCUCUGCGGGGCCAGGCCGAGGGCCCCCCCGGCCCCCAGGUGUGCGACUGGCCGGCCAGUGCCCAGAGGAUCGUGGGCCACAUCGAGGAGUCCCUGUGCUCCCCCGCUGCCCCGCAGGUCACGCAGGCCCUCAACGUCCUGACCACCACGUUCGGGCACUGCCACCAGCUGUGGACGCAGGUGCUCUGGGCGCGGCUGAGUCCCCUGGCGGCCUGUCUGCUGGAGAAGGACCCCGUGCCAGCCGCACACUCGCUGGUGGACCUCCUCCUCAGCGUGGCCCGGUCCCCCGCGCUGAGCUCCGACCGCAGCCGGUGGGAGACGGUGGCGCAGGCUCUGGGCCGCCUGAGCCCGGCACAUGCGGGGCCCCUGGCUCUGGGGCUCCUGACGCUGCAGGACUGUCCCCAGGCCCUGAGCGCCCAGGCCUUUGCCGUCCUCCUCCAGCCCCUGGCCUGCGUCCUGAAGGCUGCCACGCAGGCCCCCGGGCCCCCAGGCUUGCCGGCCGGGCCCGAGGGUGACCCGGCGGUGGCAGACGCGCUCCUGUCCUCCCGGUCGGCCUGCGUGGGCCUCCUGUGCCAGACCCUGGCCCACCUGGAGCUGCUGCAGCCCCUGCCCCAGCGCCCCGCGCCCUGGCCCCAGGCGCCCCUGCUGGGGGCCGCGGUGACGGUCCUGCGGUUCUGCAAUGGCUCGGCGGUGCCCGCCUCCGGCUCGGACGUGGGGGGCCGCCUCUGUGCCAUCCUGGCCGGCUGCGUCCGCGUCCAGCGAGCGGCCCUCGGCUUCCUGGGGGCGCUGUCUGCGGACACAGGGCCCCCCGAGCUGGUGACGCAGGUGUUUGCCGUCCUCCUGGAUUACCUCCAGAGCCCCGACUCCAGCCCCACGGUUCUGAAGAAAGCCUUCCAGGCCACACUGCGGUGGCUCCCGAGCGCCCCCAUGCCCCCGGGCUGCUGCGACCUGGACCCCCCCACCCAGCUGUUCCUCAGAGAGCUUCUCCCUGUGCUGCAGAGGCGCCUGUGCAGCCCCUGCUGGGAGGUGAGGGACUCGGGCCUCGAGUUCCUGACCCAGGUGGUCGGACGCUGGGCAGGACAGGCCGGCUUCAGACACGCGCUGCUGGCUUCCGAGGUGCCCCAGCUCGCGCAGCAGCUCCUGCAGGACCCUGAGAGCUACGUCCGAGCGAGCGCAGUGACCGCCGUGGGGCAGCUCUCCAGCCGAGGGCUGCCUGCCACCCCCGCCGGCCCCGAGCACCCGGGAGGCCCGCAGAAGAGCCUGCUUCCGGAGCUGCUGCACGUGCUGGCCGCGGACUCGGAGGGCUUCCCCCGCAGGGCGGCCAUGCAGGUCUUCACCCAGUGGCUGCGGGACGGCCACGCCGAGGUGGCCGAGGACACGGAGCGCUUCGUGGCCCGGGUGCUCCGGGCGGCCAGCCGGGACCUGGACUGGGAGGUCCGGGCCCAGGGCCUGGAGCUGGCGCGGGUGUUCCUGGAGCAGACGCUGGGCCAGCCCGGCUCCCGCUGUCCCUACGCCGUGGCCGCCCCGGAGGCCGCCGCCCCUGGCCGUGUGGCCCAGGCCCUGCGGGCCGCCUGCCGCGUGCAGCUCGUCGAGUUCGCCUUCCGCGCCCUGUUUGACUAUGACCGGCCCGUGGCCCAGAAGUCCUGUGACCUCCUCCUCUUCCUGCGGGACCAGGCUGCCCCCUGGGACAGCCUGCAGGAGGCGGGGGGCAGCCCCGACGUGGCCUCCGUGGAGGCCGCCCUGCAGAGGUGGCGGGCGGGCGAGCAGGGCCAGCCCCUGGGGCCCCUGGAGCCCGAGGCCGUGCUGGCCGUGCUGCGGUCCAUGGACCUGGAGGGCCUCCGGGGGGCACUGGCCGAGAGCAGUGACCACGCGGAGAGGAACCCCCAGUCGCUCCUGCAGGACAUGCUGGCCACCGUGGGCAUCCUGGGCGACAGCGAGGCCGACUGCUACUGAGCCGCCCGCAGCGACCUCCCUGCCCUGUCCCUCUGCUGCUGGGCCCUGUCCCUCCCUCAGCCCGGGCCCAGCUCGGCCGGCUGCACAGGGACCCUCGGGAGCCAGGCACGUGUUUGGAAGUGUUAUUAAAUGGCUUAUUUUCUACUGAAAAUCAGUACGGGUGGCAGGCCGCUGAGUCAGUGCCCUAAGACGCCGGCCAGGUGAGGCUUGGAGGAGGGACGAGGAGGGACCUCCUGUGGCAGCCUCCUCCCUCUGGCCUGCGGGUGUGUCCUUGGGCCCCCGGGCCUCUGGGAUCACCAAGGGUCAGAGCGUGCAGCGCGGCCUGGACACGGCCUGGUGCUGGGCCCUGGCUCCUCAUGAUAGGGGCCCCGAUCCAACCACGGCUUCAGCCUCCACCCCCAGGAUCGCCUGAGCGUGUAGAGACCCGGCUCACGGCCUCCCCCGGGCAGGUGGCGCUGCCGUGGUCACGUCCGGGCAGCUGAGGUCCAGGCUGGCCAAGCGGGUGCCUUUCGGAACCGGGCAGGCCCGGCUGCCCUUCCCUCCCAGCGUGAGCGCCCAGUGCUCAGGCGCGAUCAGAGGAGAAGGGUCGGGAGACACUCGGAGAUGACUGGACCCGGAGGAAACACCGUAACGGGGACGUAGCAGGAGGGUGCGUGGGGGCUCAGAGCCUCGCGUGCUCACGCUGGGGACAUCCACAGAUCAGUGACCUUCCACCUUAGGAAAACCGGGAAACGACCAAAUGUAGAGGAAAAGAAAUAAUAAAAGAGCAGAAGUCAAACUGGAAACAGGAAACCAAGAGAGCACAUCUAAA